GCAGCCUUCCCCACAUCAAGGGCCAGGGUCAAAGACCUCCCAGCAGAGGGAGAGAGGAGGUUGUGUGAGACAGGCUGCUGCUGACAGAAGGAUGUCGCAGCUGAGCCUGUCCUGGCUGGGCCUCGGGCCGGUGGCAGCGUCCCCGUGGCUGCUCCUGCUGCUGGUCGGGGUCUCCUGGCUGCUGGCCCGUGUCCUGGCCUGGACCUACACCUUCUACGACAACCGCCGCCGGCUCCAGUGUUUCCCGCAGCCUCCGAAACGGAACUGGUUUUGGGGACACAUGGGAAUGGUCCCCCCCACGGAGGAGGGCAUGAGGGUCCUGACUCAGCUGGUGGCCACCUACCCCCAGGGCUUCAAGGUCUGGAUGGGCCCCAUCACCCCCCUCCUCAGUUUGUGCCACCCGGACAUCCUCCGGUCUGUCGUCAACGCCUCAGCCGCCAUUGCACCAAAGGACAAGUUCUUCUACAGCUUCCUGAAGCCCUGGCUGGGGGACGGGCUCCUGCUGAGUUCUGGUGACAAGUGGAGCCGCCACCGCCGGAUGCUGACGCCCGCCUUCCACUUCAACAUCCUGAAGCCCUACAUGAAGAUCUUCAAUGAGAGCGUGAACAUCAUGCAUGCCAAGUGGCAGUGCCUGGCCUCAGAGGGCAGUGCCCGUCUGGACAUGUUUGAGCACAUCAGCCUCAUGACCUUGGACAGCCUGCAGAAAUGCGUCUUCAGCUUUGACAGCCAUUGCCAGGAGAAGCCCAGUGAAUACAUCGCCGCCAUCUUGGAGCUCAGUGCCCUUGUGUCAAAAAGACAUCAUGAGACCCUCCUGCACUUAGACUUCCUGUAUUAUCUCACCCCCGAUGGGCGACGCUUCCGCAGGGCCUGCCGCCUGGUGCACGACUUCACAGACGCCGUCAUCCAGGAGCGGCGCCGCACCCUCCCCAGCCAGGGUGUUGACGACUUCCUCCAGGCCAAGGCCAAGUCCAAGACUCUGGACUUCAUUGAUGUGCUCCUGCUGAGCAAGGAUGAAGAUGGGAAGGAGUUGUCUGAUGAAGACAUAAGAGCAGAAGCUGACACCUUCAUGUUUGAGGGCCAUGACACCACGGCCAGUGGUCUCUCCUGGGUCCUCUACCACCUUGCAAAGCACCCAGAAUACCAGGAGCGCUGCAGGCAGGAGGUGCAAGAGCUUCUGAAGGACCGUGAGCCUAAAGAGAUUGAAUGGGAUGACCUGGCACAGCUGCCCUUCCUGACCAUGUGCGUGAAGGAGAGCCUGCGGUUACAUCCCCCGGUCCCAGUCAUCUCCCGCCAUGUCACACAGGACAUUGUGGUCCCAGACGGCCGGGUCAUCCCUAAAGGCGUUAUCUGCCUCAUCAGUGUUUUGGGAACCCAUCACAACCCAACUGUGUGGCCGGACCCUGAGGUCUAUGACCCCUUCCGCUUUGACCCAGAAAACAGCAAGGAGAGGUCACCUCUGGCUUUUAUUCCCUUCUCGGCAGGGCCCAGGAACUGCAUCGGGCAGGCAUUCGCCAUGGCGGAGAUGAAGGUGGUGCUGGCGCUCACGCUGCUGCGCUUCCGCGUCCUGCUGGACCACACCGAGCCCCGCAGGAAGCCGGAGCUGGUCCUGCGUGCGGAGGGCGGACUUUGGCUGCGUGUGGAGCCCCUGAGCUGAGGUCUGCAGAGACCUACUCUACCCUUCCUAAAACGCCCCCUGAUUCAUCAGAAGUGGGGCAUACAAUUACCGUAUGACUCUAUUCCACUGUAAAGCUUUCCAUCCUAGAUAUAUACUCAAAAUAAUUGAGAAAGGUGUUCAAACAAAAAGAC